AUGAGCGACACUGUGUUCUUCUCCUUUGUACUCUUCCUGGGAAGCCAGUGGGGCGCAGAGCCCCAUUCUAUCCCUGUGACUGAAGGUGUGGAGAACAGCUUUUCCUCCAGUUCAAGGCAUUUAGAGGAAGAUUUGGCUAAGCUAUUUGAUGAGAUCCUGCUGCAGGUGUUUCCCAGCAAUCUAGAUGACAUGUCAAAAGAUGCAAGAACAGCUGGCAGACUGGUCACCUGGAGAGAGGCGAAUGAAACUCAUGCCCCCCCGAACAGCUUCAACAAUUCUGAAUUUGCAUCAAGUUCACAUCUGGCUAAGUUGUUUGAUGAGAUCCUGCUGCAGGUCUUUUCUAACGACCCCAAACAUUUAUCAAAAGAAGACGCAAGAGCAGCUGAUGAGCUAGUUACGUGGAGAGACACCAAUGAAAAUCUUAUUGCUGAGGAGGUGGAUAAGGAAUCGUCUCUAUUCAACAGAGAUGUUAGCCAUCAAUUGUCGACUGUGAACAGAGAGAUACCCCAAGAAUUAGUUUCUCGAGAUGUUUACACUGAGAGUCUACCUUGCAGAGAGCUGCUGAGCUUCCUGCAAAAGAACAUCAUCACUGCAGCCGCUGCUGUGGCUGCAAUCCUCCUGGUCACAAUAUUGGUGGUGCUUGCGUUGGUCACAUACAUAAGGCGGAAGAAGGCCAGGUAUCCAGCAGCAAACAUGACAUACAAUAUUUUUAUAAUGAACGGGAAGGCUUGGUGGCAAAAGCCCGAGGAAAGGUACAUCAAAAAAUUCACAGGAAAGCAGAAACUCCUGAAGUGUAAUUCCUCCGUCUAA